AUGGGUCAGCGAGGCUCCUCCCCCGGCAUCUGCAAUUAUACCAAUAAUACCGAAAAGGACCCGGGGGCGUCAGAGCACCGUUCAGCCACAUCAGGAGGAAAACACAUGCCAAAUAUAACUGUUCCAACUGAAUGCGCAGGAGUAGUACCGUUACCGAUACCGUUUGGUGAAGCCUCGAUGUUGCGACGUUCAUGGCUUUCCGUAAAGGAAUCGGAGCUUGCACGUGAGUGGCAGGUGGGCCGCCAUAAUCAAAGCAGCGGCGUGUUGUCCACAUCGCCGCAUGUCCCACUCACAUGUGCUGGCGUCCCAUUUCCCGCUAACCGCACCUCCGGUGUUAUUCAUGGCGAUGAUACACGCGAAUUGUGGGGAGAAGGAUUACCUGUUGGUAAAAGCUAUUUUUUAGCCCUUCAAUCCUCCUGGCGUAGCGGAGGGUCGCAGCAUCGCCGGUUCCCGCUCCCGCCUGUCAACCCACUGGAUUUGAACGAAUCAGCCAUUGAGCGGGCUAUUGAAGAAACAGUUGGGCAACCGCUUCAGCCGCCAGUGCCGCUAUCGUUUAUGGUGAGCGAUAUAUUAGUUCCACAAUGGGAAGUGAAUGGGCUCUACGAUGCCCCUGCGGUGCGGCGUAUGUAA